UUCGUUUUUUUUGCACCUACCUUUGAGUCUUUCCUUGGUUUGUGGUCCCUUUGAAAUCAAUCAUCUGGUCAUGUUCCGUAAUCAUUUGCAUUUGUGCCUUAUGUGGGAUUUGCAGGUGGUUGAUGAGACACUUCGGGGAAAAGAAUGUUCCAAGAAUGGAGCAAUACAAAAUGGAAGGGAGAUCCUCCUUCAGGCUUUCAAUUGGGAGUCACACAAACAUGAUUGGUGGCAUAAUUUGGAGAGGAAAGUUGGUGAUGUUGCUAAAUCUGGCUUCACAUCAGCUUGGCUGCCUCCAGCAACCAAUUCAUUAUCUAAAGAAGGGUAUCUGCCACAAAACUUGUAUAGCCUUAACUCUUCAUAUGGUUCCCAAGAUGGAUUAAAAAGUUUACUUCAAAAAAUGCAUCAACACAAAAUCAGAGCAAUGGCUGAUAUAGUUAUUAACCAUCGAGUUGGAACUACCCGUGGACAUGGGGGAACAUACAACCGCUAUGAUGGAAUUCCCAUGUCCUGGGAUGAACGUGCUGUCACAUCAUGCUCUGGUGGCCUGGGUUCACGAAGCUAUGGUGAAAACUUUCAUGGAGUUCCCAAUAUUGAUCAUAGCCAAGCUUUUGUACGAAAAGACAUAAUUGGUUGGUUAAAGUGGCUUCGCAAAGAUAUUGGUUUUCAGGAUUUUCGUUUUGAUUUUGCAAAAGGAUAUGACCCAAAAUUCGUAAAAGAAUAUGUUGAAGAGUCAAAACCUGUAUUUUCUGUGGGAGAAUAUUGGGAUAGCUGUAAUUAUGUAGCCCCUGAUUCUCGCUUGGACUACAAUCAAGACAGUCACAGACAAAGGAUUAUUAACUGGAUUGACAAAACCGGACAGGUCUCUGCUGCAUUUGAUUUCACGACAAAGGGCAUCCUACAGGAAGCAGUUAAGGGACAACUAUGGCGAUUGCGUGAUUCUCAAGGGAAGCCACCCGGUGUGGUUGGGUGGUGGCCUUCACGAGCAGUGACAUUUAUUGAGAACCAUGUCACUGGGUCAACUCAGGGUCAUUGGCCUUUCCCAUCUGAUCAUAUUAUGGAGGGAUACGUUUAUAUACUCACUCAUCCAGGAAUACCAACCGUAUUCUACGAUCAUUUCUAUGAUUGGGGUAACUCUUACCACUAUCAAAUCAUGAAAUUGAUGAACAUUCGUUGCCACCAAGAUAUCCAUAGUCGCUCCAAGAUCAAUAUUUUGGAGGCUCGCUCCGAUCUCUAUGCCGCAAAAAUCGACGAUAAAAUCUGUAUGAAGAUUGGCAAUGGGUCAUGGUGUCCGAGUGGUCGGGAAUGGACACUUGCUACAAGUGGAAAUAGAUAUGCAGUGUGGCACAAAUAGUAUUGUCAUAUUAUAUAUAUAUGUAUAUAUAUAUAUGU